UGUAAAGAAGUGAAGUUUGACCAGCUCUACGGCGCAUGUCAAAUGCAGAAAACAAACAUACGGCUACUCUUCUACACUAUAAUGCUGGUAAAACCUUGGUAUACUUGUCUAUUUGUUGGAGCGUACUUACCUGAAUAGACUUUAACUACAUGGCGUGUUACGAAUGCCUCAAUUAACCUCAGGUCAAGAAGAACCUUCCAGUCCAGCCUUCAGUUCACGUUAGCUAAGUUGCUAACUCCAUUGGACAAACUUUCCUGCUCUGUUGAACUUACAACAUGAAGGCUGUUGUUUUAGCUGCGGGAUAUGGAACAAGGUUGCAAAGAGAUGUUGAGAAUGACACUACUGGGACAUUCAAACAUCUGUUGGGCAUUGCCAAGCCAUUGCUUCCCGUCGGCCACUGUGCUCUAAUAACUCAUUGGAUCAAGGCAAUGACAGCAUCUAAAUGUGUGGAUACAAUAUUUGUGAUUACAAAUGCACUGUACUUCGAACCAUUUCAAGAAUGGGCCCGUGAGUUUCCGAAUGUGAAGAUUCUCAGUGAUGGAACCAGAACAAAUGAGGGGCGGCUUGGUGCUGUCGCUUGCCUACAGCUUGCAAUCAAACACUUCUCUGUGGAUGACCAUGUAAUUGUCGUUGGAGGUGACACAUUGUUCAAAGAAGACUUCAGCCUGUUGAAAUUCACAGGGAGGUUUUCUGAGGCACAGGCCAAGCACAGCGAUGCCAGUCUGGUGCUGUGUUACCAGUGUAAAGAAGAGGAGACGUCCAAAUAUGGGAUACUGGAGGUUGAUGAGGACAUGCGAGUGACCUGCAUGAGGGAGAAGCCUCAGCCAUCUGAAACGCAGUCCAGGAAGGCUUGCCCCUGCUUCUACUUGUUCUCACAAGAAAGUCUCCCCCUCUUGGAUGAGUUCCUUGGUGAGAAAAAGAAUGCCCCCAUUCAGGAGAGAGAUGCCCCUGGGACCUUUCUGUCCUGGCUCAUUCUAAGGAGGCCUGUUUAUGUCCAAGAGAUACUUGGACGCUUUGACGUGGGAAACCUUCCAUCUUACAUUGAAUGUGACAAAUACUUUAAAGACAGGGUGCAAGAUACCAGUGUUUAUUUACAAUAACAUUUAAAAAUAAGAACAUGUGUGUAAUUUCUAUGCAUGGUGAUCUGUCCAAGCCUUAUAAAUUAAUGAAAAUGUGGUGCUUAAAUGUCAGGAGGGGGUUGGGGUGUCUUAGAUAUGAUUUUAUACUUCCACAUACAUUCCUGAGAAAUCAUGUAAAGUAAUAAAGUCAUGUAUAUUCCUACAAUAAAACGUCCAAAUGA